GGGGGGGUGGUUCCUUUGUUCAGAGUUUUCUUUGUUGUUUCUUCCAAUCGCGGCCAAGAACCCCACUAGUCUUUCUCCACUUCCCCAACCAGUGCUUCGUUCCCCUUCUUGGCCGGAACAACCAAUCCCUUCUCGCUGGAGCGAUCAGAGAUGGCUUUGAAGCAGGUGUUCUACGCCCUGCGAGAGGUUUUCCCGCAGGUUGAUCUUCGGAUUUUGAAGGCCGUAGCUAGUCAAUAUUCCUCUGAUGUCGAUGCAGCUGUCGAAUUUGUUCUUUCUGAUGUCCUUCCAGCAGUAACCGAACCUACUGAAGCACAUUAUACACUCCAAGAUAUUGGUUGUGCCAAAAAUGAUCAUACAGACUCUUGGAGCAUUGGCACUUUCUGUGGAAGGAAUCUAUCUCCAGGUUAUGUUGGACCAUUAUGCACUAACAACAAAUUGGAAGAAUGUUCCCAUAUUGAGGAUAAGGUGGUGAUUAAUGAGACAAAAAUUACUCCAACAGUAGAUUAUGCUCAAGUUGAGGCAUCAUCAAAAUCUUCAACUAAGCCGCCUAUAAUAGAUUAUGAACAAUCUGCCUUAACAGCAUUUGUUAAUCAUUGUGCAAUGGACAAAGGAAAAAUGACUCCAAAGGCUGAAAAAGUAACUAACCAGAAGCAUUUCAAUGGUAAUUACAACCCGCCAGAUUUCCUUGUCUCUUCUGGGAGUAUGUUGCCAUUAUAUAUGCAGAGUUUUUCAAAUUGUGCAGUGAAAUAUAAAGGGCAUAUGCCUUUGGAGCUUCACAAAGAUGAAAGUACACAAGAUUUCUCUGAGUUGGAAGAUAAAUAUAACAUAGGGAACUUAUUUACUAACAUUUGUCCAACUGUGGACAGACAUGCAUCAGUGGAUUUGCUGGGUGCUUCGCAUGUGCAUACACUAUCUGAAUCAGAAGAUAACUAUGACUUGCAAAUUUCGUUUCAAAAGGAAAUGCCUUUGAAGUUUUCUGAAGCUGAAAGUAUAUACCGUUUCUCUAAGUCAGAAGAUAAUUAUAAUUUGGACACCUUAUUUGCAGAAUUUCGCUCAAAUAAAGACAGACAGACAUCAGAUAGUUUGCCAAGUGUUCCAACAGUCCAAAUACUCUCUGAAUCAGAAGAUAGUUAUGACCUGCAAGUUUUGUUUGAAAAGGAAAUGCCAUUGACAUUUUCUACAGCUCAAAGUACACAUCUCUCCAAGUCACAAGAUAAUUCUGGCGUACAAGUUAUGUUUGAAAACAUUGAUAAUGAUGGAAAAGUAUUGGACAUGCUACGUACUGCCGAAAGUACUCCUGAACUCCACAAGUCUGAAGAUGACUUACAUAAAAAAGCAUGCACAACUGACAGCACUGCACAAGUAUCCAGAUUUCUUGUACAGGAUGAAAAUCAUCAGUCACCUUACAAGCUAGACGAUCAAUGCACUUUGUACGACUUAUUUGCAUCAUCAAAAAUUGUUGAUAACUCGUUGCGGAUCUUUGAAGAAAAAGACAAUUCAUAUACUGUUGAUAGUGAAGAGAAACAGUCAAUGGAUUUCACCAGUUCUCGAACUUUUACUAAUGUAUGCAAUCCGAAUGAUGAUUUUAACUUGUCAGAAUUGUUCUCUUCUACUCCAAAUGCUUCUCUCUCUGAUUUAGACUCAAAAUGUGUAAUGAGAGAUGAAGCUGAAAGGGAAAUCAUGUGUUCAAACAGUGUGGAUAAGCACUCUAUUGUCCCAGUUAUUGAGCAUGAUACAUUUCCAUGCAAUGGAAUGAAGCUGAUGCCUGGUGCGGAUAAAUAUGAAGAACUUCUGGAUAUCACUACCCGGUCAUACCAGAUUGCUAGAAUAAACAAGUUAGUUGCUGACAUUACUAAUGGCAAGGAAGCAUUGAGUUCUUUAUAUGAAUCGACAACUAUAAAGAUGAAGGAGGUGGAGCUUCAGGAGGAAAAUUCAAGAAAAGCAAAACAAGAUGCUAUCGAGGCACAUCAAGGUUUUGUUGCCAUGGUAGAAAACUUUAAUCAGCUCAUUGAAAAUUCAAAAGAGUCAAAUGAUAAGCAAGCUCAAAUAGUAUGUGGAGAAAAAUCUUUGUUGGCAGCUUUAGCUCAGGACCUUCAGUCUCGGCUUACCAAAUUGUCUGCAGAGAGAGAUGACAUGCUUACAAUUGUUGAGGAGAUCAAAUUUGAACUAGACGCACGACUAGCAACAUCAAUUGAAGAAGAGACUGCAGCAAGGGAGCAGAUUAGUCAGGAAGAGAAGUUAGCUCUAUUGGUCCGUAAAGAGAAGGAAGCUGAAAUGGGGAGCAUAAUGGAGGAGUCAAUGAAGCUCCAAAAGGAAGCUGAAGAAAACAUUUUGUUGAAAGGUCUUUUGUCAGACCGUGGGCGCAUCAUUGAUAUAUUGAAAGGAGAAAUAUCGAGCAUCCACGAAAAAGUUAUUGCACUGAAAGAGGGGACCCACAGGAGCAAGCUUCAACCAGCCCUUGUCACCACUAGCUCCUCAACUACUUUGCCCCCUAUUACUGACUGCAAGACUGCAUCACCUGGUAGGCACUGGCCAUUGAAGAAUCGGAGCAAUAAUAGUAUUCUUCCUCGUGAGAAGAUGGCGGGGAUCCAUGCUAAAGAUCAUGAGAAGUUUUCAGAUGACGAAUGGGAAAUGCUGGAAACAACUCAAGCUUAGAAUGAGACUCAUUGUUGAACUACAGUAAGCUAAUAAGAGGACUGGCUCUUGGUUUACGCAGAAGUUGUGUGCCAGCCAACAGAGCAUAUAAUAUCACUACUGCAUAUAGUGUGCCUAUGCUCCUGCUUGUAAAUAUACAAUAUCUCAGUGCUUAUUGUUGUAAUUAAACUUGGCAGCAAUUGUGUAAAUUAUAUGAGUGCUGUACAUAUUGUUUUACUUGACAACCAAACAGUAUAUGUAUAAAGUCAAGGUAUCAAACAAACAGAUAAAAUGUUAUCUGUGUAUGUAUAGUUCACGUAAUGCUCUUUAGUUUCUUGAUUUA